GACCCAAGUGCAUGGGGGGUGCUGUUUGGGUGGCUUACAGCAGUGCACUCUGCUUAUCCUGCCACAAAACAUUCUUAACACAGCCAUGAGAGAGACCACUGAGGAAUACAGGCCAUUCGCAGCACAGCUGUCCAAUGUUUACCUCACCAUCCUGUCCCUCUUCUGCUUCAAACUUUUCAUUAGAAUUACCCUUAAUCUACUCGCGCACUUCUACAUCAUCAAAGGCAACCGCAAGGAGGCUGCCCGGAUUUCAGCUGAGUUCUAUGAUAAUGGUCAAGGGCAUGGGUCUUGGGCCGACCGCUCUGCUCUUCAUGAUGCUGCCAGCCAAGGACGACUGCUGGCUCUCAAGACCCUCAUUGCACAGGGCCACAGCGUGAAUAUGCUGACAAUAGACCACGUUAGCCCUCUUCAUGAGGCGUGCAUAGGGAGCCAUGUUGCCUGUGCCAGAGCCCUGAUAGAUGCUGGAGCCAACGUUAAUGUGACAACUAUAGAUGGAGUGACUCCAUUGUUUAAUUCCUGCUCAGCUGGCAGUUUGGAAUGUCUAGAGCUGCUUUUGCAGAGUGACGCCAGACCAGAGGCCCUGGCUCUAUGCCAGCCUUCACCCAUCCAUGAGGCAGUCAGCAGGGGCCACAGCAAGUGUGUGGAGGCACUGAUUGCAUGGGGUGUGGAUGUGGACUAUGAAAUCCCUCACAUGGGCACUCCUCUCUACAGUGCUUGUCGAUGUCAGGAGUUCUUAUGUGCCCGCAAGCUGCUCGAUGGAGGUGCAAAUGUACAGAGAGGCACACAUUUGGAGAGUCCUCUUCAUGCAGCAGCCCAGAAAGACUGUAUAAGCAUAGUGACGCUCCUGCUAGAAUUUGGGGCAGAUGUAAAUGCACGCAACCUGGAGUAUAAGCGGCCCGUGGAGGCUGCUCCUCCAGGGAGCCUUACAGAGGGAUUCCUAUUGAUUUAUGAAGCGACACCCCGUUCUCUGCGUCAACUGUGCCGUCAGCAAAUCAGGGAGAGUUUGGGACGUUCCCGACUGCACCUUCUACCACAUUUGCCCCUCCCUAAAGCCAUGAAGAACUUUCUACAAUAUAGAUAAUGUCCUUAUGUUUGCUUAGUAUUACUGUAUUGACUUCGUGUCUGUGGCCUGAUUUAACAAGAAUAUGCCAGUGAUGGUAUAUAAAUAAACUUGUGACUGGUACCCAAUUUUGUUUAUCUUACUUU